GUACACAUUGCCCGCCGUCUUCUAGUCACUCAAGGUCGUACCGACGAGAGGUAAUACCAACCUGUGGCUGUCUGAAUUACCUACCCUAGUUGGUGCCCAUCAGGCUGCGCUCGACGAGACUAUAAUUUAUGGACGAACCAAUCAAAUUUACGAUAACAGUUUUGACAUUGUAGCUUAUGCCAGUUCGUGAUGAAAACCAUAUAUCGGAUUGCUAAUACUAACCAUAAACUGUCGGAUGGCUCCUGUAAGAAAAACUAUCUCUUCUCGACAUCCUUCUGAUCGCUUUUCCAAGAAGCAUAUUCGUAACGAGGAUGGGUCAGUAUUGGUUGUAAGUAAGAAAAUGAAGAACAUAAUAAAACAAGACCUUAAAGCACAAUCCAUAACUAAUAUGCUAACUGACGAUCCUAAUUCCGAAGAUCAUUCGAACCCUUCUCACUCGUCUUUUAAACACGCCUUAAAUCCAUAUAUUGAAUGUAGUGAUAACAACAGUUUGAGUAAACCUUGCACUCGUUUAUCACCUAAUAAUACUAAUAUGCAUCGAAUUGUCAAAAAAGUUCCUCGUAAAAAGCGUCUCAAAUCUAAAUUGCAUUCUCAUUUUAAUCGCAAUCAAAAUUUAAAAUCAACCUUACUUUCUAUGGAAAAAGAUAUAAAAGGAGAAUCUCGUGAAAAUCAACAAUCGAUAGUGCACUUUUCUACCGAUCAGUCAGCUUUCGUAAAGUCAAAUGGAAUGCGUAUUCAAAAGUCAAAAUUGAAAUCCUCACAAAACCAACAAUCAAACGUUGGCGCUAAUUAUAUUGAAGAAAAAAGACCAUCAUCAAUAGAUAUUGUCAAUUCCUUUCGCAGCUUACUACAACAAUUUUAAUGGAUAUCUCUUCUUGUUGUUGUUGAUUGUUUUACGAACUAGUUCUCGAAAUAGAUCAGAUCGUUUGUAGAUUAUAACAGUAACUGUAAAUUUGAUGAUUGAUAGUGUCUUGGAAUUGUUUUUGUAAAUAAAUAAGUUACAUGAAUAAAACUGUAUAUACUAAUUGUAUUUCAAGUUUUGUAUUUUAAAAGGGUAAACAAUCUAUCCUAUGAAUUUUUCAAAAAUUGAAAUGUCAGAUUUCUGACUUAAUCAGUGUAGACAUUUGAUUUUCUGUUUAUUUAAAGAUUCGUAAAUCAUUCUCCACUUUGAUUUAAAUGAUAUUGCUAGUUUGUAUAUAAUACAUGGUUCAUGAUUUUUGA